AUGGAUCAGGAACGUCUUUUCACGCCUUUGAAGAUUGGCAACUUCGAGAUCAACCAUCGCAUUAUCAUGCCAACCAUGAGUCGGCGACGUGCAUCGGAUGACCAUACUCCCGUUGAGAUUAUGAAAGAAUAUUUCAGCCAAAGGGCCGCCGUUCCUGGAACUUUAAUCUUUUCUGAUACCAACAUACCCGCUCCUUGGCUUGGUGGAAUCGCUCAUUUGCCCGGGCUUUGGAACGAUUCUCAGGUCAAAGCUUGGAAGGAGAUAACUGAAGAAGUCCAUAAAAAAGGAUGUUUCAUGUUCGCGCAGUUGAUGGCAAUGGGCCGAGGUGUGGAGCCAGAAACUGUUGAAAAAGAGGAGAUCGUUGUGAAAGCACCUAGUCCUAUCGGCUUGAGUGAAGCUGUUAUGCCAGGUGCGCCGGUGCCUGAAGAAUUGACACUCGAAGAAAUUCAAUUUGCCAUCAAGGAUUAUGUCACUGCAGCUGAAAAUGCUAUCAAAGCCGGUUUUGAUGGAAUUGAAAUUGCCGCUGAUAACGGAUUUCUUGUGGACCAGUUUAUCCAAGAUGUGAGCAAUCAGCGCAAGGAUAGAUACGGCGGCAGCAUUGAAAAUCGAUCACGCUUUGCAGUAGAGCUUACUAAAGCCAUCUGUGAUGCUAUUGGUCCAGAACGUGUCGGCUUCCGUAUCAGUCCCUUCAGCAGCUUCUUCGACAUGGGAAUGAAAGACCCUGUACCUCAAUUUUCAGAUUUGAUCUCCAGGCUCCAGGAUCUUGGCAUUGCCUUCAUUCACGCAAUUGAACCGCGGAUUAAAGGCGACACUGUUGUUAGUCCUGACUCUCCGAAUGCCUCAUUGAAUUUCAUCUAUGAAAUCUGGAACGGGCCUAUUCUGGUCGCUGGAGGCUAUUCGCCAGAUUCGGCCCGAAAUCAUGUUAAAUUGCACAAGAAAAAAAACAUCGCUAUCAGUUUCGGUCGCCAUUUCCUCGCAAAUCCGGACCUCAUCUUUCGAAUCAAGAUCGGCCUCGAGUUGAAUCCUUAUCAUCGCCCGACCUUUUAUGCUCAAACAAAAGAAGGCUACAUCGACUAUCCAUUCAGCAAAGAAUACUUAGCGACUCAAGACAAUGGUGUUAAAUGA